AUGAACAAGGCUUUUCAAAGAAAGCAUUCAGACAAUAGUAUUCUCAAAGGCAAAACACAGCAUAACACUCAACAACGAAGUCCAUUGAGUACAAAAGAAAAUGAUAUCAAAUUUAAAUAUCCUGAAGUUCUUCGUCGAAAAGAAUCCAAACCUUUGUAAGUACAAACCAAUUAAUCAGACAUGAGAUCUCCAAGUGCAUAAUCUACAUAAUCUCCAAUUAAUAAGAGCAUUCUCAUUACUCAUAGAUCUCAAUCAAUGUUUUAAGAUGCAUAAUACAUUGAUUAUAUUAUCACAAACAAAGAAGUGAAUCAAUUUCUUAAAAAACACUUCCUACAUGAACAUAUGCAUACAAAUAGUUCCAGAAAUACAAAUACUAAAUUGAUUUGUGAUUCUUGGGAUAAAGUGCCUGUAACCUACUUUAUUAAAGCUCUAUUUAAUGAGUAUCCUGAAAUCAUAGAGGAUCAUCAUUUAAAUGAAAAAUUGAACAUAAAAUUGAAAACUCUCAUAAAAGAUUUGAUAUCUGAAGAUGGACAAGUCUUAUCAUUGAAUAAACUAUAAAUCCAUACUCGUCAUUUAGGAUUGCUGGGAUUGUUGCUGACUGCUCUCAGAGACAUUCAAGAUGCACCUACUGUCAAUCAUAAUACUCCUCAUAAUUAAUCUAUCUCACAUGAAUAGGAAAUCUCUACUACUUAAUAACAAUAACAAUAGAAGUUUCAUAAGAUGGCUUCAGAUAUGGCAUAAUCAGCUGAAAAUAGAAUUAAUGAAUUGGUUAAUCUGAAAUUGCAAUAAUUCACAGUCAAACAAAAAGAAUUAGAAAAAUAGAUUUAAUAAUUGAAAUAGAAGGCAACUGAAAACUUUGAUCUGUUCUAACAUGAAGCCAAAAACAAAUAAGUGAUCAACAAUCUAACCUAAUAAUUACAAUAAAAAGAUCAAAUAAUUGCAGAUCUAGAAUAAAAACUCAUUAAGAAAUGGAUGAACUCAUCAAUCGAAGAAGAAAUGCAUGCGAAUAAGAUUACCUAGCCAAAAGCAUCUCCAAUCAAAAUUUAGAGUCCAAGCCAAUCUCCCUUUUAAUGA